GUUUCCCUUUUUUCUGGCUCAGAUCUCUCUCUCUGAGCUCUGGAAUGAUAAGUCUUGGACCAUUAAUCCCAAGAGCCCACAAUGAUCAAGUAAAAUCCCAGGUCCCCCUUUCUCUUCCUUUCCUGUUAGUCAGAUUACUCUUGUCUUUGUUUCUCAGGCAUUAAAACUGAGGCUUGAAGAAGCCAGUUUUUUUUCAUGAGCACAGCAGGUCAUUCCUAGAACUGAGAACUGAAUGCAGGAGUUUGCCCCAGUCCUGCUCUGUAAAUACAGCGCAUUUCCUAUCUGUGCCCAUCGUUAUCUGCAUCUCUGUCAUGCUUCUCUGGCUUUUCCUCGUACUCAGACUCCUUUCUAUCUGUAACCUCCGCACAGUGCAUCUGGCUAUCCCACUGAUCCAGAACAGACCACUCCAGUAUUACACACCAAAUUGUCUUUGUGUCUGUCCUUACAGUUUUGUCCAGGCUGAUAUCAGCAGGCUGGGUCACCUCAACUCCUGUUAUCUUCUUGGCAAGUGUGUCGUCUUGCGUCCGAGCAUCACCGCUUACGAUAGCAUUACUAAUGGUGCACUGUCCCUGUCCCUGGCAGAUCUUCAUCCGCAGCACAGACUGUGAUCGGACGCUGAUGAGUGCGGAGACCAAUCUGGCAGGGCUGUAUCCCCCAGAGGGACAACAGAUGUUCAACCCUAACAUCUCCUGGCAGCCUAUCCCCGUGCACACAGUGCCCGAGUCCGAGGAAAGGCUACUGAAGUUUCCUUUGACCCCCUGUCCACGGUAUGAACAGCUACAGAAUGAAACACGGCACUCAGCAGAAUACAUAAAUAAGACCAAAGAGAAUUGGCAAUUCCUGCAGAUGGUGGCAAACGAGACUGGGAUCCGGGAUGUCUCUCUCGAGUGUGUUUGGAGUGUGUAUGACACACUGUUCUGUGAACAAGCACACAAAAUGGAUUUGCCUGCAUGGGUGACACCAGAUGUCAUGACUCGUUUGAAGCAGCUAAAAGACUUUGGGUUUGAAUUUCUCUUUGGGAUCCACAAUCGGGUAGAAAAAGCUCGUCUGCAAGGCGGGGUCCUGCUGAAUCACAUAAGGAAGAACUUAACCAAAGCAGCAAAUAUUUCUGCCCACCAGAACCUGAAACUACUUGCCUAUUCAGCGCAUGACACCACACUUGUGGCACUGCAGAUGGCUCUAGAUGUCUACAACAAGAUUCAAGCACCAUACGCCUCAUGUCAUUUAUUUGAGCUGUACCAAGAGGAUGAUGGUAACUUCUCUGUGGAGAUGUUUUUCCGGAACGAGAGUGGGAAGGAACCUUUUCCACUGACAAUCCCUGGCUGUCAGCAUAAGUGUCCACUGCAGAGAUUCUUGGAACUCACAGAUCCUGUUGUUCCCCAGGACUGGGAGCAAGAAUGCCAGGUAGCAAGCAGCGUGCAUGACACAGAACUGUUUGUGGGUCUGGCUGUGUGUGGAUCCAUUCUUCUCCUCCUUAUAAUCCUCCUCUUGACUGUACUCUUUCGCAUACAGUCUCAGCCCCCUGGCUACCGGCACGUUUCCAACGACGGAGAAGAGCAGGCCUGACAGUUGCUUCAACUCCUUCCCAGGCAGUAGGAGGGAGCAGUGUUGCCCCUAAGGAUGAUUGGGCACCUUCAGUUACUGAGCAUUCUUCUGCUUUGGUCAUUGCUUCCCAGAAUGAAGCUGGACUUGAUUUUUGGAUGCUUUCUCAAGGUGAUGUCCCAGAAAGAGAGGACUAAGCUACUCUAAUGGAAAUGACACCUUAAUUCUGAAGGCAGUAUACUGUGUGGUGCCCCCAGUCCUCAUACAGCUUACCUAGUCUGGGAUUCCCAACAUGGCCAGUUGGAGCUGGUCAAGAGUUUUCCUCCUUUCAAGUGACUGUAAAUGUUACCACUCACCAUGACUGUGGCAGAGGGGCUUGGGCCUCCAGCAGCUGCCACAUCCAGUGCAGUCAGGAGUUGCAUCUCUCUUCAGGGUCAACCUGCUCCAAGUGCUUUUCUCUCACACCAUUGGGCUGACGAUGGUGGGAAGGCUGGGCCUGGAGCAGAGGGCGCAGUUCACCAACAACGCACCAAGACUCACCUACUGUCCAUGCAGAGGGAACUGCUGCAGAUGAUGGCAGACAGUGAAAAGUGUUUCUUGAGGUUGCUGCCAAGUAGUUGUUGCUGGCAACUGGUCCUUUUUUUCCCCUCCUCACAUUGUGGUUCAAGAGAGGACUGGCCUGGAGUCAGGAUAAGAUUGAAAACCUGGCAGUAGUUUCUAGGAUUCAGCUCAGAUUAGGUUAUGUAUGAUCUAAAGAAGCUCUAAGAAAGAGCUUCAUCAGAGAUAUGAAUACCCGUGACCCCAGCAAACCUGCACCCAAUUUCUUGUGCAGUGCUGGCUCUAGAAAGGAGAGUCCCCAUAGGUAAGAAACUUGGGCCCUGUCUAAAGAUUCAGCCUUUGAAUUUGACUUCCCCACCUCUGAACUUCAAGUAGCUAUUACAGGGAGUACCCAGUACGGCAGGCAAUCCAGAUUUCAGCUGCAAGCCCAAGGAAUUUGCUGUGCUAGCGGAAUGUUUUUAUGCUGUAAUUAAAGAGAUGUAGCAGAGCUGUUUACCUAAGACUAGGUUAAAUGCCAAGUUCUGUAGUUUUUCUUCCUAUCUAUCUUCCCUACUGGAUGGACAACAAACAAACAUUAAGGAUGAGUUUGCAGGUGAGUGUGGAUGCCCUUAUUUGCCACGCUUUGGCAUUUUGUCCAAAGUGUGAUUCUUUCUCCAGGCUGGCCUCUGUGCACACUGCAGCUGCUGCAGGGAACUUCAUGCCAAGUGCUCACCACCUGCUUUGUAGCUUUUGGCAGAAAAUGAGAGACAGCAGCAGGCACCAGAAGCACAGGCUCUUCACAUGGUGAUGCUGCACAUUCACUUCCUGCUUUUACUUCCCUUUCUGGUGCAGUUCCCUUCCCCUCUUGGCGGCAAGAAGCCAGUUCUUAGGUUACAGACGUUUCCUUUUCUUCCCCUAUGGAGUACCGUGGGGACUUUUCCCUACACCAUAAUCGGCAUCUCCCAGCACGGGAACUCUAAAUCAGCAGAAGCAGCUUGCUGUUCUCAGCAUCUUCCUCACCUUUUUGUCCUCUGAAGAUACAAUCUAGGUCUCCUGCACAGCAAGACAGUCAUAAAGAAAAAGCUACUGCCUGUGAGAACAGGCACAAGAAAGAGGUAAUAGAAAGUGCAUUUAAGAGGACCAGACCUGUUAUUUUUUAAAGGCAGCAAAUUUUGCACACACAGAGGAAAGGUUCCUAUGAUGAUUUAGACAUUUUGACUGUGAAUGACUUUCUGUAAUUGUUCCAAUACAUUUCCUUUUCAUUAUUAAAAUCAAAUUCACAC